AUCGACUAUAGCAGAGUGGAUCUGAAUGGAUCACUAAAUAUGCACGCUUGCAACACGAAGUCUUCCCGACUUCCCGGUGUAUGUAAUACGUGUAUUAUUCAUAUAUUUUUAGAUUCAUGGAUUAUUCCAUUUAUUACCACCAAUGUAAACACGUGCCACCCCUUUAAAGUGGGAAGUCCAUAUUCUUUUUGUAAAUUAGAAAAUCAUGCUCUAACAUUUUGCGUAAAAUUACAUUUAUUUCUGAAAAAUUUCAUUAAAAAUCUAACAUAAAUAGUGCCUGUUAAUUUUGUUCCUUUUACGCUCAUAUUUAUUACUAUAAUUCUAAGAUGAUAAACAAAACAUUGAUGUAAAAAAACGAUGUAAGUUUCAUGGAAAUUAUAGUAAGAAAGAAACGUAAAAUCCUUUCAAACUUUAUUUAAAAAAAUGUUAGUAUUGUGUAUUGUACAGAGUGAUCUUCAAGAUGCACAUCUAAAGAGCUUUUUUUGACAAUAUUACACUACGAAAUUUUAUUUAUAUUGUGAAUCAUUUAAAUUAAAAAAUUUAAGAAAUAAUAUUAUUACACUAUUAUGACAACGUAUAAUCUAAGCAAUUUAUGGCACUUCCAAUGAUAUAUAAUUUAAAUUGAAAGAAAAAGUAUAAUUAACAAAAUGGAAGUGUGGUGGUUUUCUCGUGUGGUAGCUCAUUAUCCUUAUAGCAUUUUGACAGCAAUAUUCAUAUUUUCUUCAACAUGCUUAAUUGUUCCUUUGGCUGUCAAAAAGUUCCCAGAUUUCUCUGAUCCGCAACUAGGCUUUGAAGCAAGAGGCACUAUGUUAGCACAACGACUGAUUACUUGGCAAAAUUUAUUGGAAGCAAGUAAACCAAGAGGACAAUUGAUUGAUAAUCCUUUAGAAUAUUAUUAUUAUGUACAGCAACUAAAUCAACAGAAUUUACAGAACCCAGUUAACAUACAGAAUCAUACUUGGAUUAACCAAGGUAUUGUUAGAAAGAAACCUAAGAAUAAAAGGAAAGGAGGGAAGAAAUAUCUAAAAGAAAUAACUGAUAACAAACAGAAAACAGAUGAAGGCACAGUUAAGGACAAAUGGGAAGAGCUGAUGGAAUUAAAAAAUAAAAAUAGAUUAGAUAUAGUAAAAGAAUACAAAAAUGAAGAUUAUGUUGACAGUGAGAAUUUUUUUUGCAAUCUACCUUCUUCUGCCUAUGCAAGGGUGGUUAUUGGUAGAGAUUCUAAAGACACAAAUUUAUGGUCAAUGGAAGGUGUAUUAGCACAAUGCCAUAUUGAUGCAGAGAUUCGUUUAAAUUCUCACUUUCCAUCUUUAUGUCAAAUGCAAGGGGAACAUAACAAUGUGGCAGAGAAGUGUUGCAGAAGUUGGUCACCAGCAAAUUAUGUUGCAUUUUUAUCUAAUAGAAGUUCCUGCUUAGGAGUAACAGAAAAUGAUCUGAAUCGUGUAGAAAUUCUAUUACAAAGAUGUUCUUAUUUUUAUCAAAAUCAUCAUUUAACAUCGAAUUGUGCAGAAGAUUUAAAUUGUCAGAGGCAUGUCCCAGCUGAAUGUUAUGCACAUAAUGCAGUUUACCAUUUACUGCAUUAUUUAUUAGAUACUGACUUUGUUUUAAAGCAUAAACAAGACUCUCAGAAUCAAUUAAACUCAACAUUGAAAUAUGCAAUGAUAUUUUUGCCAAUAGCUGCAAGUUCAGCCACUUUAGAUUUUUAUAAAGAAUUAAACAAUGGUGGCUUAUCUUAUGGAAAAUUUUGUGUUAAAGGAAUGCAAUUAGGUUUAAAAAGUACAUUGUUUGAUCAAUUGUUGGUAUCAGAUUCUAUUCUGUUGCUUACUGGUUUUGCCUUUGUAACAAUUUGCAUAUGGGCAUAUACUAGUUCAUUGUUGUUAACUGUCACAACAAUUAUUGCAGUAAUUUUUAGUCUUGGCAUUUCAUAUGCUUUGUACACUUUGGUUUUACAUGUUAAGUUUUUCCCAUUCAUGAAUUUAUUAGCAAUCAUUGUUGCAGUAGGAAUAGGCGCAGACGAUGCAUUUAUAUAUUGUAAAAUUUGGGAGAAAGGAAAAGGACAAAAGAUAUCAAACAAUGGAUUAGUUAAAUUAGUACAAGAAACUAUGAAACAUGCUGUUCCAUCUAUGUUUGUUACGUCUCUAACUACUGCAGUAGCAUUUUUCGCAUCAAUUGUUAGUAACGUUACUGCUAUCAAUUGCUUCAGUUUAUUUUCAGGAAUGACUAUUAUCGCUAAUUUCUUUUUGAUGAUUACUUGGCUACCAGCAUGUGUAAUUGUGUCAGAACGAUUUAGAUUAGGCGCUUUAUCUCCUGCACAUUUUAUAACUCGUAAAAUUAUCCGACCUUCACGAUUAUUUAAAGAUAAAAUAACAAACAAUUUUAACGCUACUCUUACAAAAACAGUUAUUAAUUUUCGAUGGUGCUGGCUACUAAGUUUGAGUAUCAUAGCAAUAAUAUGUUGCAUCAUUGUUUUUCAAUAUCCAGGCUUACAAUUGCCAGAUAGUGUUGAUUUCCAAUUAUUUGAUAGUUCUCAUCCGUUCGAAAAAUAUGAUUUAAUAUAUUCCCGAAAAUUCUGGUUUGAAAAGCACGAAUCAGUUGAUAACGGAGAUGUAUUGCCAUUAAGAUUUGUAUGGGGUAUAAAACCAAUUGACAAUGGUAAUUAUCUCGAUCCUGACUUAAUUGGUACACCAGAGUGGGACGAAUCUUUUGAUGUAUCUCAUCCAGAGUCCCAAUUAUGGCUUGAAAAAUUCUGUCAUAAUUUAAGAGCUCAACCUUUCUACCGUGAGACCUUAGGACCAUUACUUCCUAAUUGUUUCAUCGAAUCGUUAAAUAAUUGGAUGCGGAGACGUUGCGAAGAUCCUAUUGAUUCUCGUAUUAAUUAUAUGCCAUGUUGUGAGAAAAGUAGAUUUCCAUAUGAUUCUACCGUUUUACAACGAUGCGCGGCCGAAGCUAAUGCAGAAUUAUAUCGUACACCUUCGCACUUGUGGGUUCGUAAUGGUGUCUCUGCUGGAUUAAAAUUUUUAAACGAACCAGUUCUCACCCGAUUACAAGUAUCGAAUGAAACGAAUUUGGUAACAAUGCCAACGCCAAAAAUUAAAGCUUUGGUCGUCGAAUACGACAGUGUAUAUAACUAUAGUCUUUCAUUUUCAAGUAUGGAUCAAUUUUUUCAUCAGGUUGAAAAUUGGAUGCAAGAUCAAUUAAAAAGCGCUCCAAUUGGGAUGCGUGGCGGAUGGUUUGUUAGUAGAUUGGAGUUCUAUGAAUUACAACGAACAUUGUACGAAGGUACACUUUGGGCAAUGGGGGUUUCGUUAACCCUAGCUCUUAUAGUAUUAGCAUUUGUAACAUUCAAUCCUCUUAUAAGUUUAUACGCGAUUGUAACAAUUGGCGCCGCAAUUAUAGUAACAAUUGCUGGCUUAAUUCUUCUUGGUUGGAAACUAAACGUUUUAGAAAGUGUUGCAGUAUCUACAGCUAUAGGUUUGGCUGUAGAUUUUAGCUUGCACUAUGUAGUAAGUUAUAGGACAUGUGUUUCUAAAGAACGAGAGGAUAGAGUUAAAACAGCUCUUACACAAAUGGGUGGUCCAACUUUAAUGGCCUCCCUUACAAGUGGUGCUGCUGGUGCUCUUAUGUUACCUUCCUGUGUACUAGCUUAUAUACAAAUUGGUAUGUUUUUGUUACUUGUGAUGGGUAUAAGCUGGAUAUACGCUACCUUUUUUCUAUGCCCAGUAUUAGCAAUAAUAGGUCCGUCAUCUCAGUUUGCUCAGUUUCAGUACCCCAGAUUAAAUCUGUUACGGAAUUAUUUUGGUAAAAGAGAAUCUGGAAAUGUGCCUGAUGCAAAUACAGAUAAUAACAGAACUAGAAGAAAGAUUAAGGGAAGAGGAAUGUGGUCAGAAUCUACGUUAAGUACAUCUAGUACAGUAUGUCAAUUUCACUGUAACGAAAUAGAAACUUUUACUACAAGACAACCACAUUCACCAUCGUUACCUCCAUCUCCAACAUCAGCGUUACUUCAAUAAAGAGAAGGUCAAGUAAUAAAAUAUAUUUUAAAUGAGAAAUAACUAUAAUACGAUAUAUGCUUCUGUAAAUGUUAAAUUGAAAAAUUUACUUUUU